AUGAGUUUUAAUAUCGAAGAUCCAUUAGCAGGUAUUCUAAGUGACGGUAGCGACGACAGCUUCUUUGACGAUAAUAUACUCGGUAAGAAAAAGCCAACAAAGAAAAAAGAAACGCCUACAGCGGAGCGGAAAAACGCUUUGUUUGACAUAGGGGAGCCAACAACACAAACAAGUAGUUCAAAACCUGAAGAUAAAGAUUUUUUUGGAGAUACAAGUUUGAAAAGAGAGUCUUCAUACAAUGAGGAAAGAAAUGUACAAAAAAUGUCUCCAAAUCCUUUUGUACGUACGAUGUCUAGAGAUUCAAACAGACUUAAUCAGAGUGAAGCUAAAAAUAAUUUUGCAGCUGAAAAAAUAGAAGUCACAAAGUCUCCGGGUAAAGUUAAACCUAGCGCAAGCAUUGACAAGCUAAACAUUUUAGACGAUAAAUUGAAACCUCUAGAUAGGAGUAAAAAUUCGCAAUAUUUAUUAGACGAUAUAUUGGGCGGCUCAUCUAUGAAAACAGGAAUAUCAAAUCAAUCAACAAGGCCUGCUACAACUGCAAAAAAACAAGAAUUUGAUUUAGAUUCUAUCCUUGGAAGCUCAGAGCCUAAACAAACCACAUCAAGUAAAAUGGAAUCACAAAAAACUGCAAAAAAUGAGCCCCCCCAAAAUAUAAAACCAAAAAAAGGCAAGUCCAGUGAUGAUUGGCUUGGAAUUUUUGAAGAAACAGAUAAUGGUGUCGAAGAAGAAGACCCGGAGAAUUAUGUUCCAGAAUGGUUAGGUGGUGGUAACAAGAAGAAAAAGUCUCUCAAGGAACCAAUAGUAGAAAGUAAGCUAUCUAAGCAAAGCCAUUCUGGAGAAAAUCUUAAGAUUCAAGAUGAAACUGUUAAAUCUUUGAAAACCGCCACCGAUACUAAUAUAGAUAAGGUUAUGCAAGUUGAUCCCACUACAAAUUUUUCAAAACUGGGUAUAAAUCAGGAAGAUAUUACAAUGGAAGGAGCAUCUAUUUACUUACAACAACAGGAGUCUCAGCUAAUGAUUGCUCUGCAGUUGAAAGCGCAAGAUGAAAAGUUAGCUUCCAUGCAGUUGCGUCAGAAAGAAAGCCAACGUGUGCAACGUGAUGCCGCGCUAGCACAACACGAUCAGGUUGAUGCGAUGCUUCGAAGACAAGCGGAACACAGACAGCAAAUGCAAAAUAUCAUUGCCGCCCAUCAGGAGCGAAUUACACAGAGGAUAAAAGCUUUAUUAGGUGAUGCUAAUACUGAGAACGACGAAGUUCACGGAGUGCGUUAUGAAUAUGAAGGUUCAGAUCAAUGUAAGGAGACUCCAUUCGCAAAGGAGAGAAAGCAGUUGUUGCAGCUCGUCCAGUCUUUACAAGAAAACCAUGAUAAGGAAGUAGAUUUAAUGGAAACUUCAUAUAGACGACAGCUAGCUUUCUUAGAGGUUUCUUUUACUCAAACAGAAGAAAGAAUGAAAGAAGAAAGCGAUAAACUCGUUAGAUUCUACGCUGAAAAAAUAAGUUGGUUGGAUGAACAUCAUCAGUUGUAUAAAAGAACGUACGAAGAAAAUUUAAGUACUUUAACAGAAAGACAUAAGAAUGAACACGAUAUGUUAAGACAACAACAUUUGGACAAUAUUAAAGUUUUACAGGAUCACCAUACAACUUUAAUGGAAAAUAUCAAAAAUGCGGUUAAACAGGAGCAAGCUCUCAUAAAAGACUCUGCUAGCUUUUCGGCAGAUCUACACGAGUUAUUAUCCAACGUGAUAACGAGUAAUGAGAAAUGUGGUAAAUUAUAUGAAAAAUUCGAAUCACUAUCGCAAAACACUCAACGGGAUUCCGAAAGGAGUUUGCAAAUCCGAGAAACACAGAUUACAGAUAUGAUUGAACAACUGAGAAAAGAAAGAGAAUAUUUUGAAAAAGAGAAAUCGGAAAGCAAAAAUGUGGUCAUCAUGUUGGAGGCAAGACUCAAGCAAAUGACAUCGAUGAUAGAAGAAGAAUCUGCAUUGUUAAGGCAGAAGAAAAUGGAAUUUGAGUUCGAAAAAGCGACAUUUAGUAAACAAACUGAAUUCGCUAAGAAUGUCUUGAAGAAACAAGACGAAGAAAUUAAGACGUUAAAAGAAGAGACACAAAAGGAAUACCAAGAUAAAAUCGUGAAGAUAGAGGAAGAAAGGGCAAAAGCUUUGAAAGACAGCGCUUUGGUGGCUAAGGAGAAAUCUUCAAUACAAAGUUUGAAGAUGGAACUGGAAAAAACAAAGGCCGAAUUGCAAGCGCAGUUAGAAGAGUUAACAGAAGAAAGGACGAAAAUAAAUACCGAGAAGCAGGAAUUGCAUUUGGAAGAGCAGAGGGUUAUGUCGAAAAGCAGAGAUUUAGACCUAUUAGCCAAAUCAGCAAUGGAGAAACAGUCUCAAGCGGACAAGAAGUAUUCCGAAGCUGAAUUCCUCCAGAAGAAAUACGAGGAUAGGAUUCGAAGAGUUCAGGAACAUGUUGUAUCACUUAAUGCGAGAGAAAAACAAAUUGCCAAGGAAAAGGUGGCGUUAUCUCGUGAGAGAUUGAGUCUACAUAACGAAAGAAAAGAGAUAGAUAAUCGCCAACAGUGUUCAUUAUGCAGAAACUCCCAAUAUAAUACUGAAUAUGCUUAUAUGCCAUACAAUUUGCCUGUAUCGAGAGAUUAUAAGAAUUUAUCAAGGGAAUAUGGGAAUUUGAGUUCUCCUGUAAAUUUGGUAGAGGCUGAAAUGGCUCAACUUAUGGGUAGGGUAAGACAAGAUAUCAACGUUGAUGGGGUUGAUGGUAAUCAGGAACCUGGGCCGUAUAAGGAUUACAUGGAUCCGAAACUAAUGAUGCUGCGAUUAGAUGUUCAGCAAGUAAUAAGUCGUUUAGACCAAACUAAGAAAGAUGAAGAAAAAAUUAAUGAUCUCCAGGAAUAAACAGUUCUUCAAAGCUUAGUCAAAGUAAAUGUUUAAAGCAGUGUAGAAACUACCAACAUACGUGCAAAACAGCACACUCACACAUAUACACGUAUUUCCGAAUCCCCAAAGCUAUUUUCGAAGUUUUUUUUUCGUCGGGGUAACCGUGUCGAGACGAGCGGUCGCUCGCCUUACUGUAGUGAUGGUAGGUCGCAUGGAGUGUAUAUAUAUUUAUUAUUUAUUAUUAUUUACUGUGCCUAAGUUAAGCGGCCUAAUAAGCGAGCAUGGACAUCUUCUUCAUAAGGACAGGACCAAGUGUUUUCCCACAGUUUUAUCCCUUCUAAGCAAGGAACCAAUAAAAGACUGAAAAUAUA